GCAGAGCUUUCCAUUGCAGUGGGCGUUGGGGUCGUGGGCGCUGCUCAGCGACGGCGCACAGUGGCCAGGAGGGCUGACAAGGAGGAGUCGCAAGAUGUUGCAACAGACAGCCUUGGCCUCGACACCCUCUCAGACGAGUCUGUGCGGCAGCUGCUAGAGGCCUGUGCAGCCAUGGACCAGCCUGCCGCGUUGCCGUUUCUAAAUCCGCCACGAUAUCGAGAAUUCAUAGUCAACGUGCCUGGUGAUGCUGGGUUUGACCCUUUCUGCCUUGCGAAAGACUUGGCUACGUUUAAAUGGAUGCAGGAAGCAGAGCUGAAGCACGCACGGGUUGCCAUGCUUGCCACAGUGCUGUGGCCACUCUCCGAGCUGGAGUACUCCGCUCUCAAGCUCCCCUUUCUUGAUCUCUCAGGUCUACAACUAGAUGAUGCACCAGUGGGAUUGGCCCUUGGCACAGCUGCUCUUGGCAUUGCAAUCAUGGAGCUCUCAAAAGCGCCUGAAAGCCCGCCGGGAUUCUACAGCUUUGAUCCGCUGAACUUGAAGGACUUUGAAAUGCCAAUGGUCGGUUGGCUACCGCAGGGCAGGCGGUGGACAGCAGAAGCAGAGCUCAAGCAUGGGCGGCUGGCGAUGCUUGCUGCCUUGGCCUUUGCCUUUACGGAGCUGACCACAAAGGUGCCCAUCAUCAAGCACUGGCCGUUCCAUUUCAGCUGA